UCACUUUCAUUCACAUUUUGAAUCCUGAACCCGAAUCCAGGAUUUUUUUUUUAAAAAGGACUGAAAAAAUCAAAGCACCAAUUGUGGUAGAAUACCUUUCGCGUGUAACCAAAACACAGAGCUGGGACAGGACAGGACCUAGAAGGCAAGCAUCAUGGACCCAGGUAUGGACGAGCAGACCCACAUGAUGGCGGGUCAUAUUCUCACCGGACUCUCUCGGCCUGACAUAGCCGACCUGGACGCGCCUGGGAAGCAGCACGAGUACCCGGGGCAGCCGCGGGCCAUCGGCGACAUCCUCCAGCAGAUCAUGGCCAUUACAGACGAAAGCCUGGACGAGGCCCAAGCCAGGAAACAUGCUCUCAACUGCCACCGAAUGAAAGCCUCCCUCUUCAGUGUGCUGUGUGAUAUCAAGGAGAAGACAGUCCUAAGUAUGCGCGGCGCCCACGAGGAGGAGCCCCUGGACGCGCAGCUGAUGCGUCUGGACAACAUGCUGCUGGCGGAGGGCGUGUCGGGCCCGGAGAAGGGGGCCGCCGCCGCCGCAGCAGCCGCGCUGGCCGCCGCCGGGGAGUCCCUGGACGACAACAGCCAGGAGCACUCGGACUACCGCAACAAGCUGGCCCAGAUACGCACCAUCUACCACUCGGAACUGGAGAAAUAUGAACAGGCGUGUAAUGAGUUCACCACUCACGUGAUGAACCUGCUGCGGGAGCAGUCUCGUACGCGGCCCAUCUCGCCCAAGGAGAUCGAGCGCAUGGUGGGCAUCAUCCAACGCAAGUUCAGCUCCAUCCAGAUGCAGCUGAAGCAGAGCACCUGCGAGGCCGUAAUGAUCCUGCGCUCACGCUUCCUCGACGCCAGGAGAAAGAGGCGCAACUUCACCAAGCAGGCCAUCGAGGUCCUGAACGAGUACUUCUACUCCCACCUGGCCAACCCCUACCCCAGCGAAGAGGUCAAAGAGGAGCUGGCCAAGAAAUGCUCCAUCACCGUCUCACAGGUGUGCAACUGGUUUGGCAACAAGCGUAUCCGCUACAAGAAGAACAUCGGCAAGUACCAGGAGGAAGCCAACAUGUACGCAGUCAAGACGGCAGUGGACGCCACCAACACCUCCAAACACAGCAGCCAAGCCAGCUCGCCACACACACCCAACUCAGGUGGAUACCCAGCUCCAUGUUACACUCCUGAUGGAAGGUUAUGAGGCCCCGCCCAACCCCUCUCACUCAGCCAAUCAGAUGGCAAUUUUGCUGUCUGGUUGUGUGCUCGCAUGCAGGCGCGCGCACACACACACACACACACACACACACACACACACACACACACACACACACACACACACACACACACACACACACACACACACACACACACACACACAGUCAUCAUUAGGUUGUAAGGAUGGAGACACUGUAUUUGUUUAUCUGAAAGUGAUUCUCUUUUAUAUAUAUAAAAACCCUCCCUUCCUCUCCAUUUUAUAGCACAUAAUUUAACCACAUUAUGUAGAAUAGUACAUUCUUUUUUAAACAACACUUCACUGACAAGCGAACCAACUGGCAAGUAGAGGAACAGACACAGGAGACCUCUGGACACACUGGGGGCCAUGGAACUCUGGUGGCCAAGGAGAGUUCCAGAAUGCUGGAGACAAUGGAGACUUCCAGAACAUUGGUGACCGUGGAGGAUAGUUCUAGAACACUGCUGAUGAUCUAGAACAGUGUUUCCCAACCAGGGGUACGUGUACCACUGGGGGUACACGAGCACACCUCAGGGGGUACGCGGAAAAAUGUAAUAAUAACAAAUACAUUGACUGUAGUCACAUUGGGAUAGAGCAACAGAACAUGAGUGAGGGCGAGGGGGUACAUGUCAUAUGACAAAAUGGCUUAGGGGGUACCCAGGACAAAAAAGUUUGGGAAACACUGAUCUAGAAGACCACUGUGACCUUCUGAACUCUGAUGAACAAGGACACUCUAGAACACUUCCACAACACUGCUGAUGAUCAAGAACGCUUCUUGAACACUGAUUACCACGGAGACCUCUUGACUCUUGACUCUGAUGUGGAGCUUUCAUGUUGCAAUGAUGAAAAUACAUGAAUAAAGAAAACACU